CCGCCCCCAUCCCCGGGCCCCGAGGAGAGUCCCCGGCCAGCGCGGCUGCCGCGCGCGGAGCGCCGUCGGUGGCCCGGCCUGCGGCUGAGACACUCAGAGCAAUAGAGAUAUUUAUUGUUAUUAUUUGUUUUUUGGUGGCAAAAAGGGAAAAUGGCGAACGACUCCCCUGCAAAAAGUCUGGUGGACAUCGACCUCUCCUCCCUGCGGGAUCCUGCUGGGAUUUUUGAGCUGGUGGAAGUGGUUGGAAAUGGCACCUAUGGACAAGUCUAUAAGGGUCGUCAUGUUAAAACGGGUCAGUUGGCAGCCAUCAAAGUCAUGGAUGUCACUGAGGAUGAAGAGGAAGAAAUCAAACUGGAGAUAAAUAUGCUUAAGAAAUAUUCUCAUCAUAGAAAUAUUGCAACAUAUUAUGGUGCUUUCAUUAAAAAGAGCCCUCCAGGACAUGACGACCAACUCUGGCUUGUUAUGGAGUUCUGUGGGGCUGGAUCCAUUACAGACCUUGUGAAGAACACCAAAGGGAAUACACUCAAAGAAGACUGGAUUGCUUACAUCUCCAGGGAAAUCCUGAGGGGACUGGCACAUCUUCACAUUCAUCAUGUGAUCCACCGGGAUAUCAAGGGCCAGAAUGUAUUGCUGACGGAGAAUGCAGAGGUGAAACUUGUUGAUUUUGGUGUGAGUGCUCAGCUGGACAGGACAGUAGGCCGGAGAAAUACGUUCAUAGGCACUCCCUACUGGAUGGCUCCUGAGGUCAUCGCCUGUGAUGAGAACCCAGAUGCCACCUAUGACUACAGGAGUGACCUUUGGUCUUGUGGCAUUACAGCCAUUGAGAUGGCAGAAGGUGCUCCCCCUCUCUGUGACAUGCAUCCAAUGAGAGCACUGUUUCUCAUUCCCAGAAACCCUCCUCCCCGGCUGAAGUCAAAAAAAUGGUCAAAGAAAUUUUUUAGUUUUAUAGAAGGGUGCCUGGUGAAAAAUUACAUGCAGCGGCCCUCCACAGAGCAGCUUUUGAAACAUCCUUUUAUAAGGGAUCAACCAAAUGAAAGGCAAGUUAGAAUCCAGCUUAAGGAUCAUAUAGAUCGGACCAGAAAGAAGAGAGGAGAGAAAGAUGAAACUGAGUAUGAGUACAGUGGGAGUGAGGAAGAAGAAGAGGAAGUGCCUGAACAAGAAGGAGAGCCAAGUUCCAUUGUUAAUGUGCCUGGUGAGUCUACUCUUCGUCGGGAUUUCCUGAGACUGCAGCAGGAGAACAAGGAACGUUCUGAGGCUCUUCGGAGACAACAGUUACUGCAGGAGCAACAGCUCCGGGAGCAGGAAGAGUAUAAAAGGCAGCUGCUAGCAGAGAGACAGAAACGGAUCGAGCAGCAGAAGGAACAGAGGCGGCGGCUAGAAGAGCAACAAAGGAGAGAGCGUGAAGCUAGAAGGCAGCAAGAACGUGAACAGCGAAGGAGAGAACAAGAAGAAAAGAGGCGUCUAGAGGAAUUGGAGAGAAGGCGUAAAGAAGAGGAAGAGAGGAGACGAGCAGAAGAAGAAAAAAGGAGAGUUGAAAGAGAACAGGAGUAUAUCAGGCGACAGCUAGAAGAGGAGCAGCGGCACUUGGAAAUCCUUCAGCAGCAGCUGCUCCAGGAGCAGGCCAUGUUACUGGAGUGCCGAUGGCGGGAGAUGGAGGAGCACCGGCAGGCAGAGAGGCUCCAGAGGCAGUUGCAACAAGAACAAGCAUAUCUCCUGUCUCUACAGCAUGACCACAGGAGGCCGCACCCGCAGCAGCAGCAGCCACCGCCGCAGCAGGAAAGGAGCAAGCCAAGCUACCACGUCCCAGAGCCCAAGCCCCACUACGAGCCUGCGGACAGAGCUCGAGAGGUGGAAGAUAGAUUUAGGAAAACUAACCACAGCUCCCCUGAAGCCCAGUCUAAGCAGACAGGCAGAGUAUUGGAGCCACCAGUGCCUUCCCGAUCAGAGUCUUUUUCCAAUGGCAACUCCGAGUCUGUGCAUCCUGCCCUGCAGAGACCAGCGGAGCCACAGGUACAGUGGUCCCACCUGGCAUCUCUCAAGAACAAUGUUUCCCCUGUCUCGCGAUCCCAUUCCUUCAGUGACCCUUCUCCUCCCAAAUUUGCACACCACCAUCUUCGUUCUCAGGACCCAUGUCCACCUUCCCGCAGUGAGGUGCUCAGUCAGAGCUCUGACUCUAAGUCGGAGGCGCCUGACCCCACCCAAAAGGCUUGGUCUAGAUCAGACAGUGACGAGGCGCCUCCAAGGGUUCCUGUGAGAACAACAUCUCGUUCCCCUGUUCUGUCCCGUCGGGAUUCCCCACUGCAGGGCAGUGGACAGCAAAAUAGCCAAGCAGGACAAAGAAACUCUACCAGCAGUAUUGAGCCCAGGCUUCUGUGGGAGAGAGUAGAGAAGCUGGUGCCCAGACCUGGCAGUGGCAGCUCCUCAGGGUCCAGCAACUCAGGGUCCCAGCCUGGCUCUCACCCUGGGUCUCAGAGUGGCUCCGGGGAACGCUUCAGAGUGAGAUCAUCAUCCAAGUCAGAGGGCUCUCCAUCUCAGCGCCUUGAAAAUGCAGUGAAAAAACCUGAAGAUAAAAAAGAAGUUUUUAGACCUCUCAAGCCUGCUGGGGAAGUGGUAAGCCCCACCUCUGAAAAGUUCAGCAUCAGAGCAGCGCUGUGUCUGCCGGAUUUGACUGCACUGGCCAAAGAGCUUCGAGCAGUGGAAGAUUUGCGGCCCCCUCACAAAGUGACAGACUACUCUUCGUCCAGUGAGGAGUCGGGGACGACAGAUGAGGAGGACGAUGAUGUGGAACAAGAAGGGGCCGAUGAGUCCACCUCUGGACCAGAGGACACUAGAGCAGCGUCAUCUCUAAAUUUGAGCAAUGGCGAAACAGAAUCCGUGAAAACUAUGAUUGUCCAUGAUGAUGUAGAAAGUGAACCAGCCAUGACCCCAUCGAAGGAGGGCACUUUGAUCGUCCGCCAGAGUACAGUUGACCAAAAGCGUGCCAGCCAUCAUGAGAGCAAUGGCUUUGCCGGUCGCAUUCACCUCUUGCCAGAUCUCUUACAGCAAAGCCAUUCCUCCUCCACUUCCUCCACCUCCUCCUCCCCAUCCUCCAGCCAGCCGACACCCACCAUGUCCCCACAGACACCCCAGGACAAGCUCACUGCUAAUGAGACUCAGUCCGCUAGUAGCACACUCCAGAAACACAAAUCUUCCUCCUCCUUUACACCUUUUAUAGACCCCAGAUUACUACAGAUUUCUCCAUCUAGUGGGACAACAGUGACUUCUGUGGUGGGGUUUUCCUGUGAUGGAAUGAGACCAGAAGCCAUAAGGCAAGAUCCUACCCGGAAAGGCUCAGUGGUCAAUGUGAACCCCACCAACACUAGGCCACAGAGUGACACCCCAGAGAUUCGUAAAUAUAAGAAGAGAUUUAACUCUGAGAUUCUGUGUGCUGCCUUAUGGGGAGUGAAUUUACUAGUGGGUACAGAGAGUGGCCUGAUGCUGCUGGACAGAAGUGGCCAAGGGAAGGUAUAUCCUCUGAUCAACCGAAGACGAUUUCAACAAAUGGAUGUACUUGAGGGCUUGAAUGUCUUGGUGACAAUAUCUGGCAAAAAGGAUAAGUUACGUGUCUACUAUUUGUCCUGGUUAAGAAAUAAAAUACUGCACAACGAUCCAGAAGUUGAGAAGAAGCAGGGAUGGACAACUGUAGGGGAUUUGGAAGGAUGUGUACACUAUAAAGUUGUAAAAUAUGAAAGAAUCAAAUUUCUGGUAAUUGCUUUGAAGAGUUCUGUAGAAGUCUAUGCGUGGGCACCCAAGCCAUAUCACAAAUUUAUGGCCUUUAAGUCCUUUGGAGAAUUGGUACAUAAGCCAUUACUGGUGGAUCUCACUGUUGAGGAAGGCCAGAGGUUGAAAGUGAUCUAUGGAUCCUGUGCUGGAUUCCAUGCUGUUGAUGUGGAUUCGGGAUCAGUCUAUGACAUUUAUCUACCAACACACGUAAGAAAGAACCCACACUCUAUGAUCCAGUGUAGCAUCAAACCCCAUGCAAUCAUCAUCCUCCCCAACACAGAUGGGAUGGAACUUCUGGUGUGCUAUGAAGAUGAGGGGGUUUACGUGAACACAUAUGGAAGGAUCACCAAGGAUGUGGUCCUGCAGUGGGGAGAGAUGCCCACGUCUGUAGCAUAUAUUCGGUCCAAUCAGACCAUGGGCUGGGGAGAGAAGGCCAUAGAGAUCCGAUCUGUGGAAACUGGUCACUUGGAUGGUGUGUUCAUGCACAAAAGGGCUCAAAGACUAAAAUUCUUGUGUGAACGCAAUGAUAAGGUAUUCUUUGCCUCUGUUCGGUCUGGUGGCAGCAGUCAGGUUUAUUUCAUGACCCUAGGCAGGACUUCUCUUCUGAGCUGGUAGAAGCAGUGUGAUCCGGGCAUUUGUCGGCCUUCAGAGUCUUCAAGAUCCUGAGAACUUGGAAUUCCUUGCAACUGGAGCUCAGAACUGCACCAGGGCAACCAGAACAGCUGUGUGUGCAGACCUCACAUGUUGGGUUCUCUCUCUCCCUUCCUUCCUACUCCUGUUUUACCAGUUUAUCCCUGUUCUUUUUUUCUUUACUCAAAAAUAAAUCAAGGCUGCAAUGCAGCUGGUGCUGUUCCGAUUCAACCAUCAGGUGCUAAAAGUGUUUGGGAUUGAGCAUCAGGCCAGAAAGCAAACACCUUUCCUGCAGCUCCAGAAUUCCUUUUCUCUGAAUGACUCUGUCUUAUGGGUGUCUGGCAGUGGCGACGGUGAACAUGCCGUUGGUUUUCUUGGCAGUGGGCACAAGGAGGUGAGAAGUGGUGGUAUAAGGAGCAGUUUGCUGAAGCAGAGAGCAGAUUUAAUAUAGUAACAUUAACAAUGUAUUUAAUUGACAUUUCUUUUUUGUAAUGUGACAAUAUGUGGACAAAGAAGGUGCAGGUUUAAGAAGUUAAUAUUUAUAAAAUGUGAAAGACACAGUUACUAGGAUAACUUUUUUGUGGGUGGGGCUUGGGAGAUGGGGUGGGGUGGGUUAAGGGGUCCCAUUUUGUUUCCUUGGAUUUGGGUGGGGGGGAUUCUGGCCAUGAACUCAGUCAUUUUUCUGUGUACCAGGUUUUGCCUAAAUCAUGUGCAGAUGGUUCUUAAAAAAAAAGGAAAAAGAAAAUGUGUGCAUUUUGUAUAAUGGCCAGAACUUUGUUGUGUGACAGUAUUAGCACUGCCUCAGUUAAAGGUUUAAUUUUUGUUUAAACCUAGAAGUGCAACAACAGUUUUACCACAGUCUGCACUUGCAGAAGAAAAAAAAAAAUUCAAACCACAUGUUUAUUUUUUUGCCUACCUCAUUGUUUUUAAUGCAUUGAGAGGUGAUUUAGUUUAUAUGUUUUGGGAGGAAACCAUUAAUGUUUAAUUUAAUCUUAAUACCAAAACUCUCAGAUUGAAGUUUGACUGCUAUUUUAUCGUAGUCUCAUCAGGCACAAGAAGAACUGUCCACAAAGGUGGGAGAUAGCCUUAUGGCUGAUGCACUUUGCUUUCUGCAUGCAGAAAGCAGAGUGCUUUGCUUUCGCCAGAGUCACCAUUGCAGGUUGAUCUGGUGACUGUAGCCCACAGCAUGAGAGAUCUCAUUAUUCUCAAUUCGAGGUUUGGUAGCAGACAGGUGGUCACAUUAGAAUAGUCACACAAACUGUUCAGUGUUGCAGGAACCUUUUUCUUGGGGGUCUGGAUAUUCCCCUUUUCUAAAAAUGCAAUGCACUAAAACUAUUUUAAGAAUGUAGUUAAUUCUGCUUAUUCAUAAAGUUGACAUCUUCCUGUGUUUUAGGUGUAAUAUUGAAGUCCUGGCUUUUCUUGUUUUCUCACUUGCUCUCUUGUUCUCUGUUUUUUAAACCAGUUUUACUUUAUGAAUAUGUCAUGACAUUUGUAAUAAAUGUCUUGAGUAAUAAUUUGUUUCAUGGCUUCCUGGUCAUCACUCAGCUCCCCUAAGGAUGGUAAUGUCUCUGUGAAGGAGCAGUGCUCCGUAUCCCAGUUCUGCCUUGUUGCUCUCCUGUUUAGUUCUGAGUGGGAAUAUUGCGUGACAGCUGCCUUAAACCUCGUCCGCCAAAAGAAACUGAUUGUUUCAUAGGCUUAAUCUUCUUCCUUUGCAGUUAAUUCCUCUUAUAUCAUGGAAAUGGGGGUUUUUCCUCCACUCUCUCCCCAGGUGGACUAGUCAUUUGCACCUGUUUGCUUCUCAUCCCAUUUGGCACCUGCUCUGACCCCUGUCAUUCUCUUCCUUCUGGUUCAGCAUUUUUGUCAAUGGCUCUCCUUUGAACUACAAAAAUCUACUAAAAAAUUUAAAAAUACACUCAAAAGUGCAGACAAAACAGCUGUUUGUACAUACCCACAAAGACAGGAUAAGGUGAGAAAACCUCACUUGUUUUGGAGGAACAGGGGAUGAAAAUGGAUGUGCCAUUUGUAUGACUUUGGAGUCAUGCUCAUGGCCAACGCUGAAAUAACUGGUUCUUUUCUACUAAUUUGGAGUUAACUUGGAGAAUGUUAGAGUUAAUCUCACUUGAAUGGGCGUAUGAUUGGAUUCCAUCGCCAUAGGACUUUAGUCAGAAUUCAGUUCCUGCUAGCUGUUUAUUAUUCAUGUUGGGGCUUUUCAUGAGAUGAAACAUAACAGAGUGAACACACAUAUGUAAAUGUUAAGAGGAGAAGGAAGGGUACAGGUGAUUGUGGCCCUUUCCCUGGCUUUAGAGAGCCGUAAAGAUGGGCAGAUGGUCUUUGGAGAAAUACUAAAUGUCUGCUGCCACAAGGAAGAUGUAACAAAGGAUGUGGCAUCAUGGUCUUGCAUUAGCCACAGACUUGAAGCUCAGUGUUUGUAAAUCAGGCAGUGUCAUGCCAAUAAUGCAAAUGGUGUUUCACUGGAAUCACCUGAAGAGGGCGUGGUGAUGGGGUCUGAACUGAAGUCAGAAUCAUUAAGCCAGCACCCAGUGGGCACUCUCAGGAUUGGAGGUGAACUUAAUUGAGUCCAUUGCUGGGCGCAGUUUACUGAAGUCGGACAGCCAUUUGUCCUUGCGGGUGGGUUCCUGAUGUGUGCUUUACUUAGCUGUUCUGUCCUCCUUUUCUUGGCCUUACCACCUUGUGAACCAGAUUGAGUCACUGCAGCUCCAUGCAGGUGCCCAGUGAGGUUUCUCCCUAAGAGGGUGAGCUGUUGAAAUUUUUCAGAUACUUUUAGGUAAGGAAUGACUUUUCUUAUCCCCUUUUACAGGAUAGGGACUUCUCCACAAAAGUGCCAAUAUGGCAAAAUUACAAAAGAAAACAGUAUUAUGUAUUAUGAUGAUGUCAUUACAUAUUAUAGGAGUGCUCUUCAAAACAAAACACAAAUGUCUCUAGGUUUAGUCAAAGCUUUAAUAAGUAAUACCUUUCUGUAUUUAAAUCAAAAUAACCCUUUCUGUAUUGAGUGCAGUGUUUUUUACUUUUUUCUCAUGCACGUGUUAUGUUGGAGAAAAUGUUUACAAAAUGGUUUUGUUACACUAAUGUGCAUCACAUAUUUAUGGUUUAUUUUAAGUGAUUUUUUUAUGGGUUAUUUAGGUUUUGUCUUAGUGGUAGCACACGGUGAUUCAUAAUCACUAAUUUUGCCAAUUAUAAGUUUGCUAAAUAGUAAUUACAAAUGACAAACUGCAUUAAAUUUACUAAUCAUAAAGCUGCAACGCAGACUGGUAGCAAGUACACAGCCCUUUUUUUUUUUUUUUUUGCAGUGCUAACUUGUCUACUGUGUAUUAUGAAAAUAACUGUUGUCCCCCUCCCCUUUUUUUUCCUUAAAUAAAGUAAAAAUGACACCU